ACUCCUCCAACUCAUUACAUAACAAAACAAACUUCUCAUUUACCAUUUACUCGCAUUUCUCCUUUCCCAACUCCCCAUCUCCACUACCAAAAAAAAAGCAAGCAAAGAAAGACCCAAGACUUUUUAUAGUCACGCACACACAAUUUAUACUGAUAACAUUUGAGAAUCCAUUGAUUGAUAUUUUUAUAUUACAAAUGGAUGAGCAUUCUUCAGGCGGUGAGGAGUACUUGUUGAAGAUAGUUCUCAUUGGUGACUCUGCUGUUGGCAAGUCCAACUUGCUGUCACGCUUCGCCAGAAACGAGUUUGAUACUAACUCCAAGGCCACCAUUGGUGUCGAGUUCCAGACCCAGGCUGUGGAAAUUGAUGGGAAGGAGGUGAAAGCCCAGAUCUGGGACACUGCUGGGCAAGAGCGUUUCAGGGCUGUCACUUCUGCUUACUAUAGAGGCGCUGUGGGUGCUCUCAUUGUCUACGAUAUCACUCGUACCACUGAGACUCCGACACUAAGUGGGUACAGUUGGGUGGGAUCUGACGGUUCUUGUUCCGAGCUAGUGGCCUUCGACCGCUUGAUGAAGAUGUGGCGUUGAGAGUUUGGAGGAGAAGGAAGACAACUAGGAUUGAAACCAAGAUCCGAAGACCAAAACCCAUCUUCAGUCGCUGACAAUUCUCACAAGUCACAAGUUAUUGUGGCUGGCUCCACCCAGAAACUGAAAGGCCGAAAGUGAAACCUUCUCUUCCUUUAUUUUUAUUUUUUUUUGUUACUGUGAAAAGGCUAAAAGAAGAGGCAAUUACCGCACCUGGUUCUUAGGUUGGUUUUGAAGUUUCGACGGUGUGUGGCGUUGUUUUGGUGGUGGGUAUAAAUUUUGGUGGUUGUGGGUUGCUGUUGGUGGGUAUAAAUUUCAUGUUCUUGGGUUUGAUUUU